AUGCCCCCACGAAGCGGCUCAUUAUCAGACCCGUUGGACGCUCUGGUUGUCCAAUCUGCACACGAUAUAUUUCGCCACGGCGUCGAGGAGACGAAAUGCAUCGCGGGGAGGAUUCGCAUGGCUUGGGACGCUAAGGGCAAAAGGAAAGAAACCUUGGUGCAAGUACCUGGCGAGCUUGGACAGCAACCUGCCAUGUUUCGAAUCUACUUCCAGCUCCCAGAAGAACACCUCCAGUUGCUCGGCAUCUCAUCGCAAGACACUUUUCGACUCUCGCUUCGAGGUGUCAAGGUGGAGACAUUGGUCCAGCCGCCAAAGGCCUCGAGUAUUGCUAUGCAGCUUGUGGUUUCAGAAGGGGUGCAUAUUUACUGGGAGCGCCAGGGAGAGGAGAGGAAGACUCUGAAUACUUGGCUCGCCACCAGCCUUGGUGUAGUUGAUGACAAUAACUGGUUUGCAUCUCCUGAACUGGCCUCGUCUACGCGACCCAAAGGGGUGGGGAAGCGAAAGCGCGAAGACGCGAAACUUGACGUUCAAGAAAGCAUGGGCACUGAGGGAAGUAAGAAGGAGGCGAAGAAGCGUAUGAGAUUCGAGGCAAAGCGGCUGAGGCGAGCGGAAGCUGCAAAAUCCAAGGCUGAGGAGGACGCGAAAUCAUCAGCAUUAUCCAAAUCUUCGUCACCGUCUACUUCUGCUGCUCCAAUGAAGACCAGCCGUGUUUCUACCGGAAAUGGUAGCGAGAGUGCAUCACCUCCUGCGCCGACAUCCGCAAGUUCUUCGUACUCCCCCCUUGACUUGCUAGCAGGGUGUCAACUUGGAUUGCUCACAUAUGCUGCCAUAAGCGAAGUUCGCCGAAACCAGACGGUACACUUAAUCGGAAUUGUUACUGAGGCCUCUUCUCCCCGUACAACCCGUACAGGAGAGUGGAUGCGUUACCUUCAUAUUGUCGACCCAAGCAAUUAUCAUCCAAACGGCACAGGUUUUAAAAUCAAUUGUUUCGCCAAGCGGUACGAAGCCUGGUUACCUCACCCAGCUCCUGGAGAUGUCCUCAUCCUACAAAACGUCAAAAUUGAUGAUUAUAACAGUCAUUAUGUAGGUGUAGGCUAUGGUAACAAACUGCGCUGGGCUGCGUUCUCUCCAUCGAAAGGAACUGUACACCAUGGUCCCAAAAACAGUGCUCCAAAAGAAGAAGGUCUCGCAGAAGGAGGAUUUGGUGUCAAUUUCUCUCCAUUUUUGCGGCCUCAGGCAGAUGAGAUCACAUAUUGCGUCAAGGUGUCCGAUUGGUGGGGUGAAGUUCAAAAGCAGAAAUACGCCUCAGACGACGUGGCGGUCAUGCCAGACGUAGCUCAUACAGCGCAUAAAACCAAUUUAUCGCGAAAAAGGAUCCAUAGACUGAUCAGCGAUGCUGGACCUCACGUGCCCCCUGAUGGCUACUUUGACUGCACCAUUGAAGUUUUAAAAGGUAACCCAACAAACACUCAAUCCGCGCUGACAUAUACCCUGUAUGUGACGGAUUAUACCCGCAACGAAGAAAUGAGGGGUGUUCAAAGCAACUGGUGCCCGUCAUCCCUUUCGGACUAUGUUCUUCAACUUGAAAUGUGGGACGCCGCAGCCGUACGGGCCCAGAAAAUGCGCCCAGGCCAAUACUACUAUAUUGAAAAUGCUCGCAUGCGCAUCAACACUGCAGGUUACCCAGAGGGUAAAGUGGCGCAGGACAAAAUAUAUCUUUUAGAAGAAGAGGACUCCGUGAAGAAUUCGAACCUGAGGGCCCUCCUCGAGAGAAAACAAAAAUGGCAAUCCAGACAGGCGAUCGCAGAGCCGGACAUGCAGUAUCAAUUAGUGCAAGACGUCGUGGAAGCUAAGUUUUUCCACUGCGCUGUGGUGCUACUGAAAGCGAUGCUCAGAAAGGACCAGACGCCAUGCAUCUACGUCACCGACUAUACAUCGCAUCCUCAGUUAAAGAACGUCAUCAUCAAUGAACCGUGGGCGAAGAGCCUUUCAGGUCGGAUUGUGAAGAUCACACUGUCCGAGGAACAGAAAGAGGUGGCAGAGUCCGCCAUUAUUGGAGCCUUCUACAGCAUCCGGAAGUUGAGGUUGAAAUACAGCGCCGUCGAGGACUGCUUUUGUGGUUUCCUUGGUGGGAACGAAAAACUCAUAGUGGCCCUCAAUCCCAACCGAACUGAUAACGAACAUCUUAAUGGUCUUCUUCGUCGUAAGGAAGAAUGGGAAAUGAUACAAUAUCAAAAACAAGACUCCCCUGUUCCUCAACACUCCAUCGCGAAGGCUGAGCAAAAUAGUGCUUACACUCGCAUCAAGGACAUCCCAGCCGCGGAUGCAGGCCCUCGCGUAUUUCGCAUUUCAGCUCGAGUUGUGGACUACCACCCACUUGACUUGCAGGAUGCAUUUUAUCAAUUUUGCACGAAAUGCAAAUUAGAGAUUCCGAAUAAGUACAGGGCAUGCCUGAGAUGCAGUGAUUCGGAGUACGCGUACGUGCAAUAUAUGUAUCAGCUAUAUAUCAUGUUGGAAGACGAAGACCAAAACCAGCUAAUCGUCUCAGUCAAUAAUAAUUGCUCUCUUCUCAACGGCCUGAAGCGAGGAUGUAUACGAGAGGAUGCACAACUUCGACGGGACUUCUCCCUGCGAUUAAAGCCGGUCCUGGGGAAUCUGGCGACAGUUCACAAUGCUUUGCGGGCAGAUAAGAACAUCGAAGUGGACACGCCGUGGUGUAUUUUCGAGGUGGAUAGUUGGUUCAUGCCAGAGGGGAGGCAUGCCUUCGGUUUGAAAUCAUAUAACGUGGUUUCAUAG